UCAGGGUUGCGCUAACCUCAAAACGUCAAAAAACGGUACCAUAAACAAAUAAAUGUUGUUUUGUUAAAUUAAAUAAUUCUAAGUGUAAAAAUGUCUUACUCGGUUAAUAUAUCUGUGGAAGCCCCCAUAGAAAACCAAAUACAAGAAAUCACAUACGAUGGGACGGAAAUAUACCAACCUCCAUUGACUUUAUCCGAGAGUCUCACUAAAUACGCCCAAAAAAUUGACUUUAGCAAAACCAGUGACAUUGACUUUAAAAAAGAACCAGGGGACGCAAUUGACGACAAUAAAUCCGAUUCUGAUAGCAAAGAUGCUUUCCAAUCAAGUCUGUGGCCGUGGGACUCGGCUAGAAACAAACUACGCAACGCAUUCCAAGAAGUCUGCGUCUUGGCUGACGUUCUCGCUAUUGCUAAAGAGAAACGUUACAUGGUUUUGGACCCAGUCCAGCAAGAACCAAUUGAAACAAAACCCAUGGUACAGAUUUACGCCCGCAAAAAGGCACUAGCGGGCGCUGCCAGUGUCUUACUCACUGGUGCUGAAAGACUGAAAACUUCCCAAAAUGAAGCGGCAAGAAAUAGGACAAUUCCUGAUUUUCAUAUAGAGUUAUUAAGGUUGAGACAAAACUGGAGACUGAAAAAAGUGUCAAAUACCAUUAUUGGAGAUCUCAGCUACAGAACGGCUGGUUCGAAAUAUACGCAAACUGGGACUUUCGAAGUUACUAAAGCCGAAGACGAUGACAAGACAAAUAGCCCCCCAAGUAGUCCAGUACCUGGAGGGGCAACACCCGCUAAAGCAAAUUCAGCUUUAAGAGUGUCAAUUCCGUCAGAAUUACAAGGGGUUGCAUACAUUGAAGUCUUAUGUCAAAAAGAUCAAGAAGAUCUCUGUAGCGUCAAUGUGAAUUUGUUAGGGUCAGGCCCUCCAGCUUCAAACCCUGACAUGCACUGGCAACAGAAAUUAGAAGCAGCACAAAAUGUUUUAUUUUGUAAAGAGUUGUUUAACCAACUUGCUAAAGAAGCAGUUCAGUUGCAAGCACCUAUCCCACAUAUGGUUGUAGGAAAUCAAAUUAUGGCCACUGUUUUUCCCGGAAUUCAGUUAAUAAUAGGGUUAUGUCACUCAACUGCAGGCGACAAGAAACAACAAAAUAAUAACUCAUCAAAAACAGAUCAUGAUCACGUAUUGGAACACUCAUUGCAUCAGCUGUUGAGAGAAGUGCACCACAAAAACACCCAUCAUCCGUUUCCUCACCCAGCGACAGGCCCAUUGGGCCCCUCUAAGAAACGCAUGUUGGCAGGACCAAUGGCCGCAGACAGAUAUGAAUUACUCGAAAUGACGAAGUCUGAAACACUUCUUGAACAAAUCAUCAAACAAGCGCAACAUUUUUUCAUGAGAUUGCGCACUGAAUAUGUUCUUGAUACAAUAGCGAAAGAAGUCAAAGAUCCUCUUAUAAGUUCCCACUGGAACACUUUAAACAGCCCUACGCAAUCAUGCGUUAAAAUAAAUAUUUCCACUCAUGGGUACGACGCCCUCUGUCGGACCCCUCUCGUCAUCCACGUGGGUGAAAAAAGCCUUAAAUGCAUCUGCAGAGAUGGCAAAGUCAUGCAUAUGAGUUAUGAGCCUCAAGAGCUGCGCGAUUUGAUUUUUUGUCACAUUAACCAACAUCAGAUUUUGGCGGUGCAAGCGUUGGCGAAGACAAUGGGGUGGCAGUUUUUGGCCAAUUCUAAUCAUUUAGGCACAGGGGCUGUCGAGCCGUUGGGAAAUGCCAGUUCUUGUCUAUUGGCCUCUCCAACUGGUGACAGGAUUAUAGCGGUUAGGUGUGAACCACAGACGGGUAUUCAAGUCUCGGUGGCUCAUUCGCCAAGAAGUGACUUUUUUCCAAGUAGGUUGGUUACUGAGAGGAAGUGGGAACAUUUAGGGGGACAGUUUAGAGAUGUUAGGUUGGAGAAAAUGGAAGGCAGAAAUUUCUUACAUAAGAUGGAGUUGUUAAUGGCGAGUUUGACGAGUAGCUCGUAGGUUUGGAAAUAAUAAUUUUUUGUAAAAGUUAUAGGAAUCAAACCAUGGAAGUUGUUUGUUUAAUUCGUGAUGUAACUUACGUCACAAGGAUCAUUACGAACUUUUUCAAAUUUCUGUUUGUUGAAAAAAACAAAAAUUACUUUACUUCUAAAGUCGCACAAGCUGUUCUUUCAACUAUAUGAACUAGGAAAAGAAAGAAGUCUUUGAUUUGAUUGAUUGAUGUGCGAUUAUCAAAAAUAAUUAUUUAAAACCUUCAAAUCCCUCUAUUUUAGAUUUGUGUUUAAAAUAUUACCUUCUUAUAUGUAUGUAUAUAUUACAUUUACCUAUUGUCAAUGCGAAUGCGAUUAAAAGUUGUAUUUAUUUAAAAAAAAAAGGCCAAUUUAAGUGAUUAAAUUCUAUUUAAAAAA